AUGGAGGCACAAUUUCAGGUCGUUAGUAAGAGGAGAUGCAGGAGAGAGGGCGGGAAAUGGACACGCACUGGCUGUCUGACAUGUAAACGUCGCCGGAAAAGAUGUGACGAAUCUAAGCCUGGAUGUCGUAGCUGUGCUAGAUUAGGGCUACAGUGUGAGGGAUAUGGCUCAAUAUGGGCAGAGCCCUUGAACCCGUCAGCACAGGUCUUCAGUCAAACAAAACCAACAAAGCGCAGGAGACUUAGCACAUCGUCUUCCAUUUCCUCAUCCUCCUUGGGACGAGCAAGUGCGAGCUCCCCAUGCUCAAGCUCCUUAUGGCUACAUUACCAACCAACUACCCCUACCACAUUCUCAGAUUCCGGUGAUAGCGAUACGUGUUUAUCGAACGUCGAUGACACUAUGGAUGAGGUUGACCAGAUGCCAGCACAUACCACUGCCGAGAAUGGUGGCCUCUCUAUAAUGACACUCACACCCUGUAAAUCCCUCAGUCAUCUUUCGCACUCAGAAACGCACUAUCUUCAAUACCACAUGGAGCUCGGCUCCAAGUUACUCGCAAACCUUGAGAGCGCCGACAACCCUUUGCGGUCUCUGAUCAUUCCUCGGGCCCUAUCAUCUUCGCUCCUUAUGAAAGCCUUAUGCGCAGUAUCAGCGACGCAUUGUGCGAAUCGAAUAGCUGCCCAUUCAGAAGCCCAAACUGCUGCUACAAUGUAUUACAUUCAAACCCUGAAUGGGCUGCAAUCUGUGCUCUCAGAGUAUCCCACUGGAAGAUUUCCUGAUGAAGCUAUUCUCGCGGUGGCUUUACUCUGCAAAUACGAGAUUGUCCGUGGAAGCGUUAAGCAGUGGGUCGCGCAUCUGAAUGCUCUUCAGAAGCUAGUCAUUGCACGGGGUGGGUUUGGGGCUUUGAAUCAUGAUACCCGAGAGUUCCUGAUGGGCUUGUAUGUCGUCAGUCUCAUGGAGAAAAAGGCCAUACUGACAAAAAAGAAUAGCUACAUUUAUGCUCAUAACGUUGCUAAAAUCAGCAAUCGCAAGCAAAUCACCUCCAGCAUGCUUGAUAUGGAGGACGUCAGGAUCACCAAGCUCGAUAUAUACAUUGGCUACGCGGAAGAUCUUGUCAAACUCUGCGCGAGGAUCGCUGAUCUACCUUCCCUGAGCCAUGACCCUGUAGCUUUGGGAAUCGAGAUUCAUGCAAUUGAUACCCUACUGCAUGAUUGGACGCAUCAGGACAUAAGGUACAUCAUUCCCGAGGGCAUCACAGAAAUGAACCUCUGUCGCCUCCGCAUGGUCGCAAAUUGUUUCCGCGAUGCGGCAUACAUCUACCUCCAUUCAAUACUGGAGAAGAUGAGCAAGGGUAUGAAAACCAUCUUCACUGCAGGCCCUUGGUCAGCUUUGAUCACUAUGACGAGGUCGGAUGCCCUGCAGAUGCUUCUGGACAGGAUCCGAACGGCCUCACCCCUCGAUGCCCACUGCGAAUAUUCGGCGCUCACAUUUCCUUUGCUCAUCGCGGGCUGCGAGAUCAGGGUACCCGAUGAUAAAGAGCUUAUCAUGACAUGCUUGAGUAGCCUUGAGGUCAACUUCGGGAUUGGGAAUGUUAAACGAGCGAAGGAGAUGCUACAAGCUCUAUGGGCUAUGGAAGGAGUGCAUUGGCUGGACUUGCUGGAUCAAUUACAGUGGGAUCUCAUACUCGCUUGA